CAAUGGCCCUCUGUCUUUCUCGUCCAAAGUGUGUUAUAUAAAGUACCGAGACCCCUCCAGUGUUGGUGUGGCCCAACAUCUCACCAAUACUGUUUUUGUUGACAGAGCUUUGAUAGUAGUGCCAUGUGCGGAAGAUGACUAGACUGGCCCAGCUGUUACACUACACUAGCCUGAGUCAGGCAUUGUUUUCCAAGCCACUAUCCCCGAUCGGGCCAACGCAGCCUUCAAGGGGGAAUGUGACCAGGAGAAUAGCCCGCUGAACCUUCCAAGAUGGACACCUUGUCUCUUUUUAUUUAUUUUUCUUUUCUUUUGCUGCAGCUUGUGUGUGAUUGAAUUCUGUCCAGGUUGCUACGGCAUACCGGUGGGAUGUGUAUCACACAUGGGAUGCUAGGAGGAUCACUAACACUUUACUCUCUUGUCACCUAUUCCUGUUGACAUAGUGAGGGGCUAGACAUUAUAAAAGUGAGACCCAGUAAUAAAAACUUAAUUUGAACAUAGAAUCUUUUAAAUUCUCUUUGCACUUUUCAUCUGUGCUGAAAUCUGUAGUAAAAAGCAACAUUUAGGGAGUUUUCCCUCACAUUACUACAUUACAGCUCUGAAAUGGAUGUUUAGUAUUUAAUAAUAACACAGACAUUCUCCAUUCAACAUCAUUUUCUCAUUUAACGUGGAAAUUCGUGACACAUGUAAUAAUGCUUUGCGUCGUUAUUUGUUCUGAAAUAUAUUUCGUAGCACUAGAAGAACUAUUCGUGUUAGACAAAUGGUAAUUCAUGCUCAGUGCCUCCAGCUGUAAUGAAUUGAAUUUGUAGUUAUUUUGUCUCUGAUUAGUCUUAAUUUAGCUCUCUUCUCCAGCAGUAGAAGCAGCAGAUUUAAAUCCAGAGUGGAAUGAGCAAAAUUCCUAAUUGGUUUUUAUAGCUAAGUCUUGGCUAACAUUUCCUACAGUUCUUAAAAUUGUUGUUCUUUUCUGUAUCUGAUGUCCUGUGUGCUAUUAGUGAUGCAGCCAUUGGGGUUGUCUUGUGUUGCACACCUUUCCAACACUGCGAAACGAUCGCCCCACGGAAAAGCGCCCAUGCUUGAUAUCGUAUGGUUCAUGACCAAUAUGUUUCCAGUACAGGGAAAAUCCCAGAGGAGGCCAAGGCAUUGUCACUUUUGGCACCUGCCACACCAGUACCCAGUCUGAUUCCUGGUGGGGGACUGCUACCAAUUCCUACUCCAGCCCCGCUUCAGAAUCUGAACCUUCCCAUAGUGAAUCGGAUGUCAGCUGGUCUGGACCCCACAGCAUCAGUGCAGUCCCAGCCCCCCCUCAUGGGAAAUGUGGAUCCCUCAAAAAUUGAUGAGAUCAGGAGGACCGUAUAUGUCGGCAAUUUGAACUCACAGACCACCACUGCAGAUCAGCUGUUGGAGUUCUUCAAGCAGGUGGGAGAUGUAAAGUUUGUGCGAAUGGCUGGAGAUGAGACUCAGCCAACACGUUUUGCCUUCGUAGAGUUUGUUGAGCAGGAGUCCGUUGCCAGAGCCCUGACCUUCAAUGGAGUCAUGUUUGGAGACAGACCUCUGAAGGUUAAUCAUUCCAACAACGCCAUAGUAAAACCCCCAGAGAUGACGCCACAGGCUGCUGCUAAGGAGCUAGAAAGUGUGAUGAAGCGGGUGAGGGAAGCCCAGUCUACCAUUGCUGCUGCUAUAGAGCCAGCUGACAUAAAGAAGCGUUCCUCCAGUCGAUCUAGAAGGGCACGCCGGUCCCACUCGCGGUCACGCUCCCGUUCACACUCAAGAAUGCACAGGAAAAGAUCCCGUUCGAAACACAGCAGGCCGCCACAGAGGUUGUGGCCGAGGAGUGACUCCCACAGUUCCCGUAGCGGCCACAAGAGGUGCUCUCGCUCCAGAGACAGGAGACGCAGUCGUAGUCGCUCAAGGGGCCACAGGAGGAGAAGUAAGGAUCGGUCCAGGAGCCCUCGGAGAAAAGCCAGAUCACCCUCACCAAAAAGAGGUAGGAAAGACAAGAGGAGGGAGCGCAGCAGGGACAGAAAGGACCGCUCCACAUCCAGAAAGAGGAGCCGCAAGGACGAGGACAGGAUAAAGAGCAAGGCCAAGCCACUGAAGGUGGAAAGGGACUAUGACAGAGAAGAAAAGGGAGACUUUGAAAGUGACAGAGAAGACUCAGUCACACUAAGUGAAGACAUGAUGUCAUCACCCUGCACCCAGCACAACGGCAGCUUCAAGACCCACAGUGAGGAGGAUGCAUCUAUGGGUGCAGACUGCUGCAAGUGACUAUUACAACACCUUAGAAACUAAUCUUGUUCCAUCAAAUGAUCUCAUCGACCAUUGCGUGCGUAUAUAUAUACAUACAUGAACACUUACAACAGCGUGUUUUCCCCAUCAUCAUCUCCUGUUGUACAACCUGAUUUGUACUCUGCAGUCUUGGCAACAAAUGAAUCCUGGAAUUCAACUAAUUUUCAGUAUCGCAACUAAAGUGAGCGUUCGGUACAGCAGAGAGAGCCCCAAAUUUACUGUUAAGCUGAAGAUUUUGGGACUUGCAGGGGGUGCACAUGAUAUAAUGUAAUAUGAGUGCAACACCAAAUACUACAGGCUCAGAAACUACCAUAAAGUUGAGUCAACACCUUAACAAUAAUUGGACAAAAUGAUAUUGGAUUGCGUAAUAUUAUACAGAUGAUAUUGUGUCCACCUCCUGUAUUACUUGCACAAGAACUCAAUCCCUAUUAUUCUUUUGUAUAGAUACUAAAACUGUAGUCACCUACCCCAGCAGAUUAGAAACAUGUGCAGGCCGCCUGAACCAGCUGCAGAGCUUUUGACACUCCUCGUAGUACGUGUUUCUCCAGCAAUUUGAAGCCAGAUUUUAAUUGCAGCUUUGUCCCUAGUUACAUGGAUUCUACCUGAUGGGAAAAAGACAUUUUUAUCUCAAUUCCUCCAGUUACAUCUUGACCAUACACUUCAAAAGUCCAAAACGCCUUUCACGCCUCUAAGAUUGUCCGUAUUUAUGUCAUACUGUAGUAUGUAUGUCAUUUCCUUUUUUAAAAAAUGUUUUUGUCUUGAUUAUUGCAAAUAGCAAUAUGCAGCAACAAUCUGCGUUAACAGUAAUAAAAUGUUUGUAUCUUACAUUAUGCCUCAUUAAUUUGUGAGAUUGGAAAAGUUUUUCAGAGAGAUUUUAAAAUGUUGACAUUUGCCUUUAUUGCUACAUAGGUUUAAUCUGCUCAAUAUGUGCACAGAAGCAUGCACUUAAAGGCACAAAGAACACAAAAGGCUUGGACUGGCAGCUACUUGCAACACAUUUCAAGCUUGGCACACUUCCUCAAGCAGCAUUUAAUACAAAGUAUUAAAAUUCUAGGAAAAUUACAGCAACUUCAGUUUCAGUGGUAACUGAAUGAAUUAUGAACACCAGAAUUUGUUUUUGGGGAUGUUUUACAUCCUGUAAUUCCCUAAUUGUCUCAGAGCUCGCAUUUGAAUUGUCAGUUUCUCAUAUGGCUUUUCAUUUAUCAUACAACCAGUUUACAGAGAGUGCAGUACAACCCAAACAAGUGGUGAGCAACAGGCAUACAGUUGUUGGAUACUAUAUUUUGCAUCAGUUGCAUUUUGUCAGGCCAUUAUCAUUUUCGGUUGUGUAUCUAUAUUUAGCAUUUACUGCUCACUAGCACACCAAAAAGCUAAGGAAGUACCAAUCAAAACAAGGUUCUUACCAGUUUACCAGUUCAAACAUACUUUUAUUAGCCAGCUGAAAUGUUCUUUAAAAAGUAUGACAUUUCAUAUGUCAUUAUUGACACCUCAUGAGGUAAAAAAUAAACAUGCCUCUCUCUGACUGAGGUCUCAUGGGGUGUGAAUGUUUUUCCUCUUAUUCUGCUGCUCUGCUUCUGGCCUUGGUGUGGCCGUGACAGCAACUUCCCAUAUUCUGUUUGAAACAAAUGGCACAUUGCAUAUUUAAUACAUGUUCCUUGAUCAAAGAAUCUAAAUGUAAGAACAUGAGGGCCACUCUCAGUGUAUGGGUGAAAGAAAAACAACAGGAUUUCUGCUGAUUCUAAAAUGCUCGUUUGCCCUUUGUGUGGUGUUAAAGGACAAUUUGAACUACCAGGUCUGUGAAGUGUCCUUUUUAUUCCCUGUUUUGCACCAUUUUUCUUUAUUAUCUGGGAACUGGGGUGUCCUGCAAAAUGUACGGUGUUGAUUUUUAUGACUUGUGCUGUAAUUAUGAGAUGCAGAAUCGUAUUCUACUGUUUCUGUGAACCUGUUGCUACUAUAUUUUAGUAAAAAGAUACAUUUCUCAACAUGAAUACAUUGUUUUACGUCCUGUUUUUGUUUUAUGGGUGUACAUAUACUUGCUUUUUUAUAUUUCUGAUUGCGAGGUGUCUCACAGUGUAUCAUGUUCCUUUUCCUGUUAUUGUUGUAAUGCUGUGAUAUAAAAACUACUUACUGAUUUAUAAAUACAAUACAGGCCUAUACUGUAAAAAUGAUGUUGGUGUGCAAAAUGUCUGUCGGCUCAUUGCUCAAAAAAAUGGGACGCAAACAGAGCUCACAGUGGGAGAUAUGUCACAUGUAAACAAACUGCUUGCAAGCACAGGAGGGUCAAAAAGUGCCUAGACUAAGAUUGUACAGAAUAUUCUAAUAAAAUAUGGAGACUUAUUGACAGGUGCAACCUGAAUUUAUUGUUAAGGACGUUUAAUAGCUAAAACUAAUGAGAUGUUAUAUUAAAGUAUUGUCAGUUGUCUUUAGUAAUUAAUAGCAGAAUAGACUGAACAUUGAUGGGACUUUUGUGGAUUUGUUUUGUAUUUUUAGUGUUGCAGUUUGCAGUAUUGUGAUUGUGUCAAAAAUGUAUCUGCAAACUGGCCCCAGGUUGAGCUCAGCGUUUUUUAAGUUUCUAUGAAAGCUUGUUAUUAUUUUAAACGCUUUUCUUUUAAAAGAAGACUUAAAGACUUCUAUAGCUUUUACAAACCUAAUUUUCUUGUAUUUUUUCUUUCCCUGCUUUUUUUCUUUUCUUUUUUUUUACACACACAAGGCAUCAGUUUGAAGUGGUGAACCUGUGAUAACGUUUAGUAAAAAGCAUUUCCAACACAACUGACAGUAUGUGAAGAAUUUUAUUUUUUCUAUCCAUGUAUCCACUAUGUAUGGUAUACACCUGUAGAAACGAUUCGCCGUUUGCUCCUGGGGGAUUGGGCACUUGAUGUAAAGGUUUGCUAAUACUGUUUUUGAAGAGAGCUUGGAUGUAUCUAAGUGAUCCUCCUUCAUUUUGUGGUGGGGUGGAAUCAGCACUGAGAUACCAUUAAAAUCGGACCAGGGAAACUCACCCCAAAUAAGGAAAAGUGACCCCAUUAUUUCUGGGAGUAACCUGAGUAGUUUUAAGAAAAGUAGGUGGGGAAUUCCCCAGAUAGGAGGGACUUGUGGGCUAUAAAAGACUAUGUACGAGGCUCCGAAAGUCAGUUUGGUCCGGACCACUCUGAGGUUUAUCUCUUGUGAAAGAAUAAACUCUGCAUUGAACUCUUGA